AUGCCCCGUCGAGACGCGGCACGUCAAAUUGAAUUUGAGGCACAACUUGGCCAUCAUGUUGUCCGACACCAUCAGAGUUUGCCUCCCAUCUGGUUUAAGCGGUUGCUUUAUUCCCCAUGGAAGGAGCCAUCUUAUGAGAUGCCAGAGCUGGAGGAUGAGGAGUCUGAAACGGAGAAGUCGGACUUCAGGUGGAAUGCAAACUGGUACUGUGUCGCACUCCCUGAAGACCUUGACAAGAAUGUGCCAACGCCGCUGACUGUCCUUGGCAUUCCUAUGGUUCUUUGGUUCGACCGUACUCAGGACAAGUGGACCUGCUUCCUUGACCAGUGCCCGCAUCGCCUGGCUCCCCUUUCUGAGGGCCGCAUCGAUGAGAACGGACACUUGCAGUGCUCAUAUCACGGCUGGUCGUUCAAGGGCGAUGGCGGCUGUACUUGUAUACCGCAGGCGUCCACAGAGGGCCCCGAGUCUCGUGCCGCCGCCUCCGACCGCGCCCGGGUGACGUCAUUCUCCGUCAGAGAGGUACACGACCUGCUCUUCGUAUGGCCGGACGCGAAAGGAGCGGAGGAAGCUGAGAGGACGCCGGUACCCCUUCUGGACGAGCUGUAUGCAGAGGGAAUCACGCGGUCUUCUGUAGUACGAGAUCUGGAAUACGGGUUUGACGUCUUAGCAGAGAACAUCACCGAUCCGUCUCAUUUGCCGUUCGCCCAUCACGGAGUGGGCGGCUUGCGAAGAAAGCAAGGCAAGCCCCUCCCGCUGACGCUCCAGUCCAAGGGCGCCGACGGGUUUACUGGUGUUAGUGGGGGUUACGUCUUCAGCGACUCCAUGCAAUCGACGGUGGAAUUUAAAGCGCCCGGCCGCUUCCACUACCACCGGGUCCUUGAAAAGGACGGCAAAAGUCGGGAGAGCUUCACCUGCCUCUACAUGACGCCCACAGUGCCCGGGAAAAGCCGGCUUGUGUUGAUUGACGCAUUCGGGGUCAAGUUGCCGUGGUACUUCAAGUACCUGCGCCCUCGCUGGUUGGCACAUCUCCAGUCUCAGGACAUCUUAGAUGGCGAUGCUUCCUUCCUACACUGGCAGCAAGUCCAGUAUGCGAACACCGGGGCGAGUGCCAAAGAAUUCAACAAAGUCUACUUCAUGCCGACCGCUUCGGACCGCUUCGUCAUCGGUUUUCGGCAGUGGCUCUCAAAGUUUGGGCACGGGGGCGUUCAAUAUGCGGCGGGGGUCGAUCCGAAGAUCCCGCUAGCAGUGCUCCCGAAAGAGAAAGUGCUCAACCGGUAUGAAGGCCACACGAAGCACUGCAAGACGUGCCAGGAAGCCCUUCGACAGAUAGAGGCGUUGCGAGUGGGCUUGGUUGUUGCGGCGGUGCUUCUGACCGCAUCAGCUGCGGUCCUCUCUUCACCAGAUUGGCUGUAUGCUCGGGUCGGGUUGCUAACAGUAGCCCUCACAGCGUCCGGCGCCGCUUGGAAAUUGGGCGACGUUGUACAGCUGUUCUUAUUCAGGGGGUACAACCACCACGAAGUAGGACCAGAGAAGCCCCCCAUGGUCUUUUCCAAGGUUUGAGCGUUGGUCAUUUGCAUCCUAGGAAGUUAGGCGUAGCGUUGAGUGUUUGAUGCAAAUGUGGGCCUGCCUCACAUUGAGGCCCAAGUCAAACCUUUGAAUAGAUUCAGCAACAUGAGUGAUUUUAUCGUACGAUUACGUGUUCACAGCAAGUUGCUAAACAAAGAACUACUACACUGUUCUGUGUACUAAUUCUGUAACAUACGUUGAC